GACGAGCUUCCAUUCUGGUCCUCCGAGGCAAGAGCGACGGCAGAAGACGCUGUUGGGAGCUGCAGGCAUCUGUUAUCGAUGUGUAUUCCAGUACAAUAUGCUCAGGCGUUUACUUUGAAAAAAAUAUCUUGAGGAUAUUCAAUUGAACAACGUUAACUUGAAAUACAUCAUCCCAUUGUGAGAAAUUAAGCAUUCCAGCCAAGUGCAGCUAUUUGACUCUAAGUCGCUCUUGUCUGGGAGGACCUGUGUGGUACUCGUUGUGUUUGGAGGAGUGCGGGAAACUUCAGUGUCCCAACAAAGGAGACUUUCUUCAUGGAUGUUUUUCUAUACAGUUGCUGAGAAGCACAAUAAUAGUCUGUGAAGAUGCCGGAUAAAGAUAAUUUAUUUAACAGAGGUAAUGACGAGGCUGGCCACAGCUCAGAUGAUAUUUGCCGUGACUUCCUGCGCAAUGUCUGCAAACGUGGCAAGCGCUGCAAGUUCUACCACCCCGACAUUAACGAGGUGUCCGACUUGGGUGUUAAAAAAAAUGAGUUUGUCUUUUGCCAUGAUUAUCAGAACAAGGAGUGCACUCGUAUCAACUGCAAGUUUAUUCAUGGGACAAAGGAAGAUGAGGAACAUUACAAAAAAUCAGGAGAGCUUCCCCAACGUCUACGCCUUACGGUGGCCAUGGGUCUUGGCCUUUCACCUUCUGACCUUUCUUUUAAAAAAGGCGAGGUUCCAAUCUGCCGAGAUUACCUGAAAGGGGACUGUCAACGAGGAUCUAAAUGUAAAUUUCGGCACUUAAAACGUGAUGAAUACGAGUAUGAAAAUAGAACUUUGGAGAGAUUGGCACGAGAUCAAGUGCUCUCUCCUGUCGUGCGACGAUACGACCCAUUUGAUGACCUCUAUGAGACUGAUCGCUAUAUUGACUAUGACCAUAUUCUAAAGAGGAGAAGAGUGGAUGGCUUACGAUUUGAAAGUUAUGAUUUUAGCAUCUCAAACUCGCGUCCUGUGGACUAUCGAUUUCUAGAAGAGGAGAAUCUGAUGCUCCGAAAGCGAGUUGAGGAACUGAAAAAGCAGAUCUCGAAUUUGAUGGCAACUAAUGAGGUGCUCUUGGAGCAAAAUGCACAUUUCCGCAACCAAACCAAGGUGGUGACACUGACUUCCACUCCCACAGCCACAGAGCAAAUACUGGCAGCACCAGCUGUGGCUACGCUGACCAAUUACAACCAUGGUAUAGCACAGACUCACACCACAUUGAGUAGCCAUGCACUUCAACCACGACCAGUCAUCCAGCAAGAUCUAGUGGCAACUGCUUCUGCUGCACCGCCUAGCAAUGCUGCACCAACAGCACAACAUCUUAACCCGGAAAUUGCUUCCCUCCCUGCUGCACUGGCCCAGACCAUCGCCCAGGGAAUGGCACCUCCAGUAUCCAUGGCCCCGGUGGCUGUUUCUGUUGCACCAGUGGCAGUGUCAAUUGCACAAGCACUGCCAGGAAUCACCAUAAGCCAUGCCACCACUCCAAUGGUUACAUAUCCAAUUGCGUCACAGAGUAUGAGAAUAACGGCAAUUCCUCACUGAAAAGCAUUGAUAGAAAGAAAUAUAAAGAGAAGAAAUUCAGCGUUCCCAUGUUGCUUCCAAUGACGUGUGUUAUAUAAAUAUGCACGCCAAAGCCAAAUAGGAUUCUGACCCAGCCUUUAGUUCUUUUUGUGUCUAUAAACGAUUCCUCUCCAAUUCAUUGUAUAUUCUGACCAUUUGUUUUUUCCCCUCCUAUUAUUAUGCUUAGCUCAUCAACUCUUGUUAAUUCCUUGUCUAAUUUAACUUAAAAUGAGUGCAAAUGACACAAACGUUUUUUUAUGUAUAAAGGUUUAUGUGUUGGAAUAAACAAAUCACUGGGCUGCGAUGCUGCGCAAAUAUUCAGAUCUACUUUUCUCCUUUGUCUCCCACACUCGACCGUUUGCUUUCUUGACGCAAAGCUGAAAUCUAGUAGCACAUGAAAUUGUAAAUUUCUCUAGCAACAACGAGCAAAAAAGGAUUACUUUGAAACAUUUUUGUGGAUGUUACUGGCGCUGAAUGAAUUUCUGUGUUUUCCCAGGUAGUAGCCAUUGCACGUCGGAAUGUAAUUCUUUGUGUGAAACGUUUUGAAGAUGAGAUGGCCCUUGAUGAAUACAAAUGCUUUUUAAACUUUAAUAUCCACAUAUUACAAUUUAAUCCUCACAACAUGAGAAAAAUACAUUGCAUUACCAAAGUGUCUAACUUGGAAGCCAUUGCAAAGAUUUUCUUUCUGACUGAACCUAAAGUACUUUCAGCUUUGUCAUUCUUGUCGCACUGGAUGCUCAGUGUAUGAAAGAAUCUGUUCAAAUCCACAACAAUGGGCUCUUUGCCAUCUACAGGAAUGAUAUGAGGUAAAGAAAUUUGAACUCUUUUUACUGAUGGAUAGCAGUGUCCAACACAAAAGUCCACAGGUUGGCAUUCUUACUGGAGUCAGUUUCAUAGAAGUGGAUGGAGGACACCCACAUUCAGGAAGGAUGCCCUUCUGUGCAUGAGGUCAAGCAAACAUAAUGGAUAUGAAUGAACUGCAGAUGCUGGUUUAAACCAAAAGAUAGACACAAAAUGCUUGAGUAACUCAGCAGGAUAGGCAGCAUCUCUGGAGAGAAGGUGCCAUUCCUUCUCUCCAGAGAUGCUGCCUGUCCCGCUGAGAUACUCCAGCAUUUUGUGUCUAUCUUUGGUCCAGAAAACACAGAUGGAAUGUGACUCUGCAUCUAGCCUGCAGCUGUUUGAUGGCAUGGUGUCCCUUCUCUUGAGCUGUGAAUUCACCCAAGCUUCAGCAAGGCACAUUUCUUCAUGUUUACUUGAUGGUGACAGAAAAGGCAAUAAGGGAAAUGAGGAUUGAAUUGGAUAAAGGUAGUUGAGUAAAGUCGGUAAAAAAAACAACUGUCAAAACAGUUCUUCUGCAUGCAGCUUGGGUCAGCAAUGCAAGAAAUGCAAACUUUUUUCAGACCCUUGGGUGAAAAUGGACAUUCUAUUUCAACAAAAUACUGUAAUUUGUAUGCAGGUUCAAGAAAUGUAUCAAUUGCCUGAUGAACUGUGUGGAACAUUUUAAUCUAAAACAGUUUGAGAUGUCCCAUUUGGGACCAGAAUGGAAGUGUUUGCACAUUAUCUUUGACAUUUGCUGAGCCAAGCUGUUCAAGGUAGGGUACGUGCACAUUCACACUGAAAAUCCUUUCUCCUUUUCAAAGCAAGCUCGUAACCAGCUCCACUGAGAGCAGCACUAGCCUUUCCUGGCUAGUUUGGCUUCAAACCAGAUAAGAACCUUAAAGCCAUUUUGAACACAGUUUAUCUUUUUUUUCUUUAACUUUGAUUAACUGCUGGAAAUCCGUAGAUUAAGAUAGAAUCUAUUGGGACUUUGCGUUCAAUGUUCUGACCCACGUGACCAGAUGAUUCAUUUUCCUGAACCGUGCCAAAAUUACCUACCAAUUAGUUAACAGUGUAUAUGGCUUUUAGUUAUUCACUGUUGACACUCCUGAUGUGACUGCAGCAGUUCAAUUUCAGUGCUCCUUGACUAUUUUUCAAGGAGUAGCUGUGACAUUGAACCCAAAGGUUAGUUACAUAGCUGUUUCAUCAGCUAGUUAUUGGGGGGGAUUUAUCCUCAAUUGUUGCUUUUUAGUUAACCUUGUCUCCAACUUGUAUAGAGUAGCUUUCAUUUCAAAUGAUGCUCGUCACGUUCUUGAGGUCUGGAAAUUAGAACCAAUGAACUAAUCUUGCACAAUUGAAAGACACUUAAAUGAUCAAAUGUAUUAUUUGCAGUGUUUCCAUUGUUAUGCUACUAGAUAUUUGUAAUAGCUCUUCAGCUGCUGUGCUACAAUUUACAUUAAGGUAAUGAAGGGAGUGGUGGAGUGGAGGGAAUCUCUGGGCAACCUUCCGCAACAUUUCCCUAUGCUACCAUUGCAAACCUCCAGGAUUCCCUUGACUGAAAUUAGCUCAAGUACAAUAUUGUCUAUAUAGUUGUAAAACAUUCAAAACCAAGAGGCUGACCCAGUUUGUUUCAUUUAAGCAUAAGGUGGACUUUACUGUAAACUAAUAAUAUCACCAAGUAAUGGUAACAGCAACAGUUAAAAUAGUGCAAAUGCUAGAUGAUGCACUAUUUUUAAGGACUUUUCAAACUAGUCUGUCAGAUAUAUGAUUGACAUAUAUGAGGAAUUAAGAGUAUUGGAACAUAGACAGAACAGCAACAGGCCCCUUGGGACACGGUGUCUGUGCCAAAUUAAACUAAUCCUCCCUCCAUUCUCAGCAAAUUCAUGUGCCUAUCUAAAAACCAUUUAAAAAGCCACUAUUGUUUCUGCUUCCACUAACACCCCUGGCAGUGCACCCCACACAAAAACUUACCCCACACAUCUCCUUUAAACUUUCCCCCCUCUGACCUUGUAGCUAAGCCCCCAGUAUUUGACAUUUUCACCCUGGAGGGAGAAAAGGUUCUGACGGUCUCUCCUAAGGUUAGAGAUUAUCAGAUCUCCCCUCAGCCUCUGACGUUCUAGAGAAAAUAAUCUAGUUUUGUCCAACCUCUCCUUACAGCUAAUAUCCUCUAAUUCAGGUAGAAUCCUGGUAACCCUCUUCUACACCCUUUCCAAAGCCUCCACAUCUUCCUGUAAUGGGGUACCAGACCUGCACGCCAUAUUCCAAAUGUGGCCUUUCAUAGAGCUGCAAAAAUAUUCAAUGUACCGUAGAAGUCUGUUGGAUAUAAUGGGUUUGAAUAUGACAUAUUUGCAUAAAACAGGAAUCGCGAAACCAGUACUGAUAAAUUGUCAGAAAAUUGUACAGUCAGAAAAAACUGAAAUGUAAAACCAUUUGCUUAGAUUAAGAAUUUUCUUAUUAUGUAUCAUAUUUGUAAAUUUGAUUUUUUGAUUCCUGGCAGGUUGAAUUCUGUCCAAUUUUUUUUCUCUAAUUAUUUGUUUAAUUUAAUAUUCUGUCUAUGAAAAACAAUUGAGCUACAUUUUUAUAAAAUAAUUUUUGUCUCCAAUGGUGACAACUUUAUUUUGUCCUUCGUAAAUGCCUGCUUGGGACAAGAAUUAAUAACGGCUGAUAUUUGUAUAAUUAUUGAAACUUACUGUUACAUGAGGUUCACUGAUAAUUUGGUAAAGGUUGAUGCACUGAAUAAAAAUGUGAUUUAUCACAUUAAAAAAAAAAA